GAGCUGCUCCUAUUGUAGACUCACAUCCUGCGUGCAGGCAACUCGCAGCAGAUCCUCACACAGGAAUACAAGACAAGCCUCAAACUAGUGAAGAGUGAAGACAAGCAGAGGUUUUGUCAGGACUGACUCCCCUCUCGUGUAAAAAAUAAAAAGCCACUGUGUUCAACUAUCUCCGUCAACCAUGGCCUUCAUCCCUCUCCUCUCCCUCCUGCUGGUCUCCUGGCUCGGAAGAUCGUCAUCGUUCUUCCUGCCCGACACUCCGGAGAUCAGGCAGCUACUGAGUCGAUACGAGGACCAAGAAACUGGUCAGAACGGCACCAGCCGAGGCAGGAGCAGGCGCGCCAUCCGCUGGUCGGACCGCCAGGAGAUCCUCCAGCUGCAUAACAAGCUGAGGGGCUCGGUGUAUCCCAGCGCGGCCGACAUGGAGUACAUGGUGUGGGAUGAUGAGCUAGAGAGGUCUGCCACGCACUGGGCUGAGAUGUGUCAGUGGGAUCACGGACCUCAGGACCUGCUCAUGUCCAUCGGGCAGAACCUUGCCGUGCAUUGGGGAAGAUACCGCUCGCCCGCCUUCCAUGUUCAGGCCUGGUACGAUGAGGUGAAAGAUUACACCUACCCCUACCCUCACGAGUGCAACCCUUGGUGUCCUGAGCGCUGCUCGGGGCCUAUGUGUACUCACUACACCCAGGUGGUUUGGGCCACCACGAGCAGAGUUGGCUGUGCCGUGCACGUGUGUCCCGUGAUGAACGUGUGGGGGGAAACGUGGGAGAACGCCGUCUACCUCGUUUGCAACUACUCUCCAAAGGGAAACUGGAUCGGGGAGGCUCCGUACAAAAAUGGACGCCCUUGUUCCCAGUGCCCUCCUAGCUACGGUGGAGGAUGCAGAAAUAAUUUGUGCUACAAAGACUCCCAGCGUACUGAAACUGAGGAUAUGAAUGAGGUGGAGAAGCCACAGGUGCCUGUCGUGCCUCGCACGACCGCGAAACCAGCACCCAAGCCCUCCACUCCAAGGAGACCUGUGUCCAGGCCAUCUGCGCCAAGCACCCCGUCCUCAAGGAAUCCGAGUAACACCUACCUGGCUCAGCCCAUCAAGUGUGAGACCAGACUGCGAGAUAAAUGCAGAGGCGUAACCUGCAACAGAUAUAAGUGUCCCGCUAACUGCAUGAAUAGAAAAGGAAAGGUUUGGGGAACACUCUACUAUGAUGUGCAAUCGAGUAUUUGCCGAGCUGCAAUUCACUUUGGUGCAAUCGACAAUAAUGGAGGAAUUGUGGACAUCUCCAGGAUGGAAGCAAAGGUUCCUUUCUUUGUCAAAGCCACCAAGAAUUCCAUCGAGUCUUUUAGUAAAUACAAGCCAGGAAAUGCCUUUAUGAUGUCCAAAGUACAUGAAACCAAUAUUGACUGCUACACUACAGUGGCUGACAUCUGCCCAUUCAAAAAGCCACUUUCACAUUGUCCAAGAAUGUUCUGUCCUUCUGACUGCAAGAAUCAACCCUCUUAUUGGUCACCAGUGAUUGGCAACAACUUCUACACAGAUAACUCCAGUAUUUGUAAGGCGGCCAUCCAUGCAGGGGUGAUCCCACCUGACGGGGGCUUUGUGGAUGUCCUGCCCCUGGACAAGAGAAAGAGUUAUGUUGGUGUGCUGAAAAACGGCAUCCAGUCUGAAAGUAAAAGCAACACAGAGGGAGGUUCCUUCCGCAUCUUUGCCGUGAGGGAGUGAGGCGUCCACCAACAUUUCCGAAAGUCACCUCGGCUGCUCUUGAGGAGCAGGAAGUGCUUCCAGGUUUUAUACCACGACCAUUCAACGUGCCUUCGGUGGAAGCGGAGUGUCUUCACACAGUCAUGGACUCGUUCCCUCUUUCAGUAAAUAAAGGAAAUUGUCACCUUUUCCCAAAUUUAGUAAACCUUUAGAAAGGCUUCACGUGUGAGUGUUGUAAAUUAUAAUGCAUUGAACAGCUGGUGCUGGAUCAUUGGAAAAAAUGUAUGUUUACAUUGGUGUUGUUAAUUAAUAUUUUCAUACGCAGGAAUGUAUACUGAUCACACUUUAUUUAAUCAGCCUGUACAUACUAUAUAUUUUGAAGAAGUACCGUAUAUUAACAUUUGUAAUUUGACUGUCUUUUGCGAAACUUCCCCUUUUCUGCUCGCAGCUUGUUGCUAAAUAAUAUGGUUAAAUGGAAAAGCGAACGUUCACUUCUGUAUUUACUUCUUUCUUGAUUUCAAUUGAAAAUAAUUCAUUUGCCUCCCCUCCUCUACGGAAGACAUGAAUAUGUCACCUUUCAGUUACAGAAGAAUUUCAUAAGUUGAUGCGGGUGGGGGUCAUAAUUGGAAGUGUAGGAAGUUUCAUGUUUAAUUAAAAAAAAAAAAUCAUUACGCACUUUUGUUUUCUACACUUCACUGCAAUUUUUAAGAGAAUUGUCACCAAUAUGAGCAAAAAUACAUGACCACAACCACAAAACACGGAAUUUGGUCCUCUUGUUCAAUCACGUUCGCAUGUGGUCACUAUGAAAAUAUCUCCAGCGUAUUUCUUUGUUCUACCUCAAUCCUAUUACUAUGCUUGGCUGUACCUUUAACAUUCUGCAAUCAUAAUGGGAAGUGGGUUUUGUAAAGUUAUGAGACUUGUAAAUAGAUGGGAAUCAUUGAGUUUUGUUUUUUCAGCAAGUCAUGAAACGAAUGUGUGACUAUCAAUUCUCUUGGUUGACUGCUUUUUAUACAGGCAUGUAUAUUGUAAAUGGGUUUUAUAUAUUUUUUGCACAAUUUGAAAAUAAAGUUGUAUUUUAAACUGCAA